GAGAUACCGCGUUAGUAUUUCAUAACCUACAACCGGCGGAAGAUCACGUUUUGCGAUCUCGGCGAGAAUUUUCGAGAAUAAAGGUUGGGAUUUCUUUUUGAAGUACUGAAAUAUCAUUCCAAUCAACACUAAAAUGCUGCGCCUACCACGUGUUGUUCGCCAAACUGCAUCAUUCCACAAAUCUCACCAACUUUCAAGAUUUUACGCGAAAGAUGUGAGGUUCGGCGCUGAUGUAAGAGCCCUCAUGCUACAGGGCGUAGACGUCCUUGCUGAUGCAGUCGCUGUCACAAUGGGUCCUAAGGGCAGAAAUGUCAUUUUGGAACAAUCUUGGGGCUCACCAAAAAUUACAAAAGACGGUGUGACAGUUGCCAAGGGUGUCGAACUCAAAGACAAGUUCCAGAACAUCGGCGCAAAAUUAGUUCAAAAUGUCGCGAAUAACACAAAUGAGGAAGCCGGCGAUGGCACGACUACAGCCACAGUUCUCGCCAGGGCUAUUGCUAAGGAGGGAUUCGAAAAAAUCUCAAAGGGUGCCAACCCUAUUGAGAUCAGACGAGGUGUCAUGAUCGCAGUAGAUGCGGUUAAGGAUAAGUUGAAGAGCAUGUCUAAGCCCGUGACAACACCUGAAGAGAUCGCACAGGUGGCCACCAUCUCCGCCAACGGAGACCUCGCCGUCGGUCAGCUCAUCGCCGAUGCCAUGAAGAAGGUCGGAAGGGACGGAGUCAUCACUGUUAAGGAUGGCAAGACCCUUAACGACGAAUUGGAAAUCAUCGAAGGUAUGAAGUUUGACAGAGGUUACAUUUCACCAUAUUUCAUCAACUCUUCCAAGGGUGCUAAAGUUGAGUUCCAAGAUGCUUUAGUUCUCUUCUCUGAGAAGAAAAUCAGCAAUGUCCAAACAAUUAUUCCUGCUCUGGAAUUGGCUAACCAACAAAGGAAGCCCCUGGUCAUUGUAGCUGAGGAUGUUGAUGGUGAGGCCUUGUCCACCCUGGUUGUUAAUAGGCUUAAGAUCGGGCUCCAGGUGGCUGCUGUCAAAGCCCCAGGUUUUGGGGACAACCGCAAGGCUACCCUCAGUGACAUGGCUAUUGCAACUGGUGGUGUAGUAUUUGGUGAUGAUGAAAACCUUCUUAAACUUGAGAAUCUCCAACCAUCAGACCUUGGUCAAGUAGGUGAGGCCAUUAUUACAAAAGAUGACACUUUGUUCCUCAAAGGAAAAGGUAAGAAGGCUGACAUUGACCGUAGGGCUGAACAGAUCCGUGACCAAAUUCAGGAAACAAGCUCUGAAUAUGAAAAGGAAAAGUUGCAGGAACGUCUUGCCCGACUUGCAUCUGGUGUUGCUGUUUUACAUGUCGGAGGAUCCAGUGAAGUUGAGGUCAAUGAGAAGAAGGAUCGUGUCAAUGAUGCCCUGAAUGCAACCCGUGCUGCUGUGGAGGAAGGUAUUGUUCCCGGAGGUGGCUCUGCUCUCCUUAGAUGUAUCCCAGACCUUGCAGGACUGAAGACUGCUAACAGUGACCAGGCCACAGGAGUAGAAAUCGUCAGAAAGGCGCUCAGAAUGCCCUGCAUGACUAUCGCCCGUAAUGCUGGUAUUGAUGGCUCAGUUGUUGUUGCUAAGGUUGAAGACUUAGGACCUGAAUUUGGGUAUGAUGCGCUCAACAAUGAAUAUGUCAACAUGAUUGAGAAGGGUAUCAUUGACCCCACCAAGGUCGUAAGGACAGCACUGACUGACGCCAGUGGAGUAGCGUCACUCCUCACCACCGCAGAAGCCGUCAUAUGCGAAAUCCCACAAGAGAAGGAGCCAAACCCUAUGGGUGGCAUGGGAGGUAUGGGCGGUAUGGGUGGCAUGGGAGGAAUGAUGUAAAGCUCCAGUAUGGACAUCAAAAUGCAUUUAUCGUGUAAAGAGAACUGUUAUAGUAGUUAUAUCGCUGUUAUGGGUAUUUCAAUGAUAUCUGAUAGAUUGAUUGAUUUUUUUUACAAAUUGUGGAGUGAAUGUGUAUUUCCCAGUUUUAUUUUGAGUCUGAUUGAGUUACAAAUGUAGGAAGGCAAUUGUCUGUCUUGUUAGAAUUAUUUAGUUUAUUUGCUUGAAUAGUGCGAGCAAAGUGUUAUUUUUAAAUAAAUGAUUAAUGUUUCUA